AUGUUUAAAUCAACAAUCACCAUUACAAUUAUAUUUAUAUUAUUUUAUAUUUUCAAUUUUGGAUUAUGUUCAAAUUUCCAACUCUAUAAAAAGAAUGGUAAUCAAUGGGACCUGGUUUCAAGUAGUACAUCAUCUUCUGUGGGAUACACCAUCGUAAUAUUCCCAAACCAACAAGUGUUUUUUAAACUAGCCAAAGAUUUAGACUACUUGGGAUUUAACCAUAGUGUCACAGUUGAUAGUAAAGCAUUCCCAGAGACCUAUGAUAUGAAAUUUAAUUUUAAAACUCUUACACAAAUAGAAACAGAUGGUUAUCCAAGAUUCUAUUGGUGGGGAUGCAAUCCAAACGAUGUAUUAUUUGAUAUUACAAAUAGAAAUAGAAUUUCAAGAGGUGAUUUUAUUAUCUCUAUUGAAGCAAUGGAUCGAACUCAUAACUGUGGUUGA